AGAAUUAGAUAAGGAAGGUGGAAGAGGUUGGGGGUUGGGGGGGUUAGCAAAAUCUUUGGAAGCAGAGAGUGAGAGAGAGAGAGUAAAGCAGUGAGGAGUGAAGACUGAAGAGGAGAAAGCAUAGCACUGCAACAGGCUGAGCAAAAUAGCAGGAGAAUGACAACGCGGGCUAACGUGAACGGCGAGCACAGACCACGCCCAUCCGGCCAACCUCAACACCAAAACCAUCAUCACCCCCAAGGCCAAGGCCAAGGCCAAGUCCAACAAAAUUACUACCCUCAUCCCAACUACGCCUCCUCUUCUUCUUCUGCAGCCUCCUUCAAGGGCUGUUGCUGCUGCCUCUUCCUUCUCCUAACCUUCCUAGGCCUUCUCGUUCUCGCCGUCGUCCUCGUCAUCGUUCUCGCCGUCAAACCCAAGAAACCCCAAUUCGAUCUCCAACAAGUUUCGGUACAGUACGUCGGAAUCACCACCGCUCCGGCGAGUCAAACAUCGCCGGCGACCAGUGCUUCUCUCUCACUCAGCAUUCGGAUGCUCUUCACGGCUGUGAACCCUAACAAGGUUGGGAUCAAGUACGGUGAAUCAAAGUUUUAUGUGAUGUACAAAGGUGUGCCUUUGGGGGUGGCGACUAUGCCUGGGUUUUAUCAGCCAUCGCAUAGUGUGAGGCAGGUGGAGACGACGGUGGUGGUUGAUAGGAUUAAUUUGCUUCAGACUGAUGCUGAGGAUUUGGUGAAGGAUGCUUCGUUGAAUGAUAGAGUGGAGCUUAAGGUUAUGGGUGAUGUUGGUGCUAAGAUCCGGGUUCUUCAGUUUACUUCUCCCAGGGUUCAGGUAACAGUGAACUGUAUAGUGGUGAUCAGUCCAAGGAAGCAGUCACUGACUUACAAGCAAUGUGGAGUUGAUAGUGUGAACGUCUGACCAAUUUGAGAGAGAGAGAGAGCUCAUUGGGAUGUAUGUAAAGGAGUGGGGAGUGUUCAAUCUCUCUUCCUCCUCCUUCGGCUGCUGCUUCUUUUUCCCAUAAAAAAAACUUUUGUUUUUCCUUCAUUUUGCUGGAAACCCAAAUCUGUAUAACCUCCACUGUCAAUUCAAACAGAGAAUUAGAAGGGGCUAAAGCACAGGAGGAGGGAAAAAGAAGUAAUACCCAACACUUGAAAUUUUCUGAGGAUUUUCUUUUGGAUUAUUAUGGUACAUUGACAUUGGAAUUCUUCUUUGAAAUUGGAAAUGACUAGUGAGAACUGAAAUUAUUAUGUGAAAUUGAAAAUGAAGAUUUGAUUAUGUGA